UGUAAUGCCCGCUUUGCUCACGUCAGAGAAGUUUAAUCCAGGUCCUAAAUAGCCAGGGGGCUGGCAUGUGCACGAGGUAAUCCACCUUUAAAUAGAUCCUGUGUGAAAGAGAGGGUGCAGUAAACACGCAGUGCACAGACAGAGAGAGAGAGAGAAGGGAGAGACUGCUGAGAGAAGGGAGAAGGCUCAACACCAGGGAACACCUCACCUCCACACAGAGGGAAUCCUGCUUGCACACCUCCAGACAGACUGCCCUCCUGUAGGAUGAACUUUGCUGCCCAGUUCCUCUACUCUCGCGCUAAGAAGAACGACGACCCCAGAGAAACUUCAGUGGAUGAGUACGACCCCUUCUGGCAAAGUGAUGAGGAGCGCAGUGCAGACAGUAAGCAGGGCUCCCUGUGCUGUGAGGGGCAGCGCCAGAAGGAUUGUCCAAUCAGGAAUGGCCCAACACCCCAUCGCUCCUCAUCCAUUGCCCCUGAGAGGCUGAAGGAUUUCGGGGAGGAGGAGUACCUGAACGAGGACGUGAAGACCUGGGAGAUGAAGAUCUUGGGGCGCCCUAAGCGCCUUCUGGGGGAUGCUGCAGAACCCCAGAAACCAGCUAAGCCCUGUUCCACCAGUGUACAGAACCCUCCUGCCUUCAUCUGCUUCGAGGACAUCAGCGCAGCAGCCUUCAAAAUCCAGUGUGGGGUUCAGAAAUCACCCUGCACGUACUCACGGCUCUCAAAGCAGUAUGGUGUUGAGAUCUUCCUGAAGAAGGAACACCUGCACUACACAUGCUCAGUGAAGGAACGAGGCGUGCUCUACCUGCUGACAUCACUGCGCCAGGACCAGCAGAAGAAGGGUGUGAUCGUGGCCUCAGACAGUAACUUCUCCAUGGCGGUGGCGCACCACGCCUCAGAGCUGCGCAUCCCCGUCUUCGUCAUCAUGGCAGCCAACACUCCCCCCUCGCGCCCCAAGACCUGCCGUGAGUACGGAGCCAUGGUGAUCUCGUACGGGGGCACCCUGCGAGACUCACAGAGCCACGCACAGUGCCUCGCUCGGGAGAACGGCUACCUGUACCUGGAAGAGGAGGACAGUGCUGUGUACCUGGCAGGCCUGGGCACUAUGGGGCUGGAGAUCUAUGAGCAGGUGCCCAAGUUGGAUGCAGUGAUCCUGCCAGCAGGGGGGCACUGCGGGCUCCUGGCUGGGACGGCAGCCGCGCUCAAACACCUGAACCCCCGAAUCACUGUCAUUGGGGUGGAGCCAGAGGAUUGCCCUCUCCUGCAGCAGUCUCUGAAGCUCGGCUACCCCGUCAAGGAGCUCCACAGCACCGCCAACAGGAAGCUCUAUGGAGAUCUGGUGGGCCCCCCCUUUGGCAACAGUGCGUUCCUGCUGGCCAAGAAGCUGGUGGACAAAGUCAUCACAGUCAGGGAGGAGGAUGUGCUGGUCUCAAUGCUGCGGUUCCAGGAGUACGAGAGAGCCACCAUCGACGCCGAGGGAGCCAUCGGGCUAGCAGCCAUCCUCGCAGGGAAACUGCCAGAGCUGCAGGGCAAAAGGGUUGCUAUCGCAGUGUGCAGUGCCAGUAUGGAGCUGCCCCUGCUCAGACAGUGUGUGGACCGAGCUCUGGCUCUGGAUGGCCGGGUCAGUAAGUUCUCUGUCCAGCUGGGGGAGUGGCCUGGAGACACAGCCAAGCUACUGGACUUACUGGCCAGAGAGGGCGUGAGGCUGCUGGAUAUCAGUCACGAGAAGCAGUUCACCUCCUCCAGCGUGUUCAAUGUGCAGGUCUCAUGUGUGGUGGAGGCGAGGGACAGGCAGCAGACAAUUCAACUGCGCAACAUGCUGACAGAGCGAUACACCAUGCUGUGCUGGCAUGAGCGGUGACCACCAGGGGAGCCAGAGAGACACACAGCAACACUGCACACACACACAGAGUAACACUGCAAACAUGCACGCACACAGUGACACCGCACACACACAGCAACUGCAAUCUCACUCUGAAAAGAAAUACUUUCGAACGCACACACACUCAUCCCUGCUGUGAAUACCAGAGCUGCUGUAGCACUUAGACACACUAGCACUUCACUUGAUGAUAUGAUCCAGUUAUACAUAAAAAAAAGCAAGCAUGCUUGUCACAGGUACGUCCUUAGGCUGACAGGGACACAUAUUUCAAUAUAUUUGCAUAUAUCUGCAUAUGUUUGCAUUUAUUUCACCUGAACACGUGGAGAGUAAACUGCAAGUGAAGCACACAAACACUUCAUCUGAUGUCUUUGGUCAGUUUCUUAUGGUUUUACCUGCAUAGUUUAUGAGUUUUUGAACUUAUGGGUUAUGUAUUUAUUAUUUAUAAUCCAAUGUCUGAAUGUGGUUGAAAAUAAACAAAAACUUG